UAUGCUUUGUCUGUCAAAAUUGUGCGUAGUGAUAAUGAGACUGAAUUUAAGUGUUUGAUUCCUUAUUUUGAUACCCAUGGCAUUUUAUUCCAGACAACCUGUGUGUAUACGCCCCAACAAAAUGGGAGAGUCGAACGGAAGCACCGUCACAUUUUAAAUGUGGCUCGUGCAUUGAUGUUUCAAGCAAAUUUGCCAAUUCAUCUAUGCGGCGAAUGCGUACUUACUGUUGCACACCUUAUCAAUCGGACUCCAUCAGGAGCCGGCGUGGAGUUUUUGUGGGGUAUCCUACUGGUAAAAAGGGGUGGAAGGUGUACGACUGGGUCACGGGGGAAAUAUUUGUGUCCCGAGAUGUGAUUUUUCAUGAGUCCGAAUUUCCGUUACAAGCUUCUCCUCCCUCAGCCCAGCAACCUUCUGAGGCCGAACAGAUGCUGUUGGAGUUGCCUCUGGUGAUUCAUGAUCCCGAUCCUCCUAUAGUUCUUCCUGGCCAGUCUGGAUUUUCUGCGGUUGACGUGGGCUCGCCUGAUCAGUCUUCGGUUCUUCAAAACACCAGUGCCACACAAUCUGACAGUGCACCGCUUGGUCGAGGUCAGCGUAUCAAGAAACCGUCUGUUCUAUUGAGGGAUUUUGUUACACAUCAUAUCUGCCCGAUAAGCCCAUCCCCGCGGUUUUCUGUUGGUCAUCGUCGUUUUCUUGGAGCACUUCUUGCAGUAUGUGAGCCAUGCUCCUUUAAGGAAGCAAUGACCGAUGCUGGUUGGCGUUAAGCCAUGCAAAAUGAAAUUCGGGCUCUUGAAAAUAACCACACUUGGGUUAUGGAGUCACUUCCGCCAGGUAAUAAGGCACUUGGGUGCAAAUGGGUAUACAAAAUUAAAUACCAUUCCGAUGGCACUAUCGAACGCCUCAAAGCUCGUCUUGUUGUCUUCGGUAAUCACCAGCAAGAGGGCAUUGAUUACACUGAGACGUUUGCUCCAGUAGUCAAAAUGGUUACUGUGAGGUUAUUUUUAGAUGUGGCGGCGAUUAAAAACUGGGAGCUACAUCAUAUGGAUGUUCAUAAUGCUUUUCUUCAUGGUAACUUACAGGAGGAAGUCUAUAUGAAACCUCCUUCGGGCUUUCUUUCUUCUUGGCCGGGACAGGUGUGCCGGUUGCGGAAAUCUUUGUAUGGAUUACGUUAGGCUCCUCGUUGUUGGUUUGCUAAAUUGGCUUCUGCUUUGAAAACUUAUGGGUUUCGGCAAUCUUAUUCCGAUUACUCACUUUUCAUGUUUUUUCGGGGAUCUGUCUAGUUAUAUGUUCUUGUUUAUGUGGAUGAUUUGAUUAUUGGCGCGCAGAAAUGAUUCUUUGCCUAUCUCUCAGUUUAAAUCAUAUUUUCAUAAAUGUUUUCAUAUGAAGGAUCUUGGUUUGCUGAAAUAUGUUCUUGGAAUCGAGGUGGCUCGCUGCGCUGAUGGAAUAUUUCUCUGCCAGCGUAAAUACAUUUUGGAUAUCAUCUCUGAAACUAGUCUUCUCAGGGCUAAAUCCGCCACUUUUCCUAUAGAACAAAAUCACACCUUAGCUCUAUCUGAGAGUGAUGUUUUUAGUGAUCCGGAGUCUUAUAGACGUCUUGUGGGACGAUUAAUCUAUCUUUCAUUUGCAUGUCCAGAUUUGGCAUAUGCUGUUCAUAUCUUGUCUUAGUUUAUGCAUGCUCCAAGGCAGGAUCACUGGACCGCAAUUUUGCGGAUCGUCCGUUAUCUCAAAGGCACUCCAUCUUAGGACAUUCUUUAUAGCUCUACCAGCAAGCUCGAGCUCACUGGUUGGUGUGAUUGAGAUUGGGCUAGUUGCCCGCUUACUCGACGCUCCCUUACUGGAUGGAUGAUUUUUCUGGGUGACUCUCCUAUUUCAUGGAAGACCAAGAAACAGCAUACUGUCUCUCGCUGUUCUACUGAAGCUGAGUACCGGUCCAUGGCUGCUACCACAGCCGAACUAAAGUGGGCUCGGGGCCUCCUACUUAGUCUCGACAUUCCUCAUUCUCAGCCUAUGUCCCUCAUCUGUGAUAGCCGGUCUGCACUGCAUAUAGCACAUAAUCCAGUUUUUCAUGAACGUACGAAUCACAUUGAGGUGGAC